AUGUCUGAUUCAGUUACUACAAUCGAAAAGACCAAAGGCAUCGAGCCUGCGGUGCUCGAAUCGCCACGAAGCCUGGAGUCGCCCAAACCUGAGCACAGCAAGACUCCCAUCGACCCUGUGCUGGAGAAGAAGUUGUUGCGCAAGUUGGAUUUCCGUGUGAUCCCUAUCCUAUGGUUCCUGUUUCUUGUCUCCUUUUUCGACCGAUCCAAUAUUGGAAAUGCGAAGAUUGCGGGUAUGACCACGGCGUUGAAGAUGAAGGGAAAUGACUACAAUGUUGCUGUGACUGUUUUCACUGUUGCAUAUGUGGUUUUUGGUGUGCCAGCCAACUUGUUGGUUAAGAAGUUCGGCCCCAGGAUCCUAGCAAUCUUUAUGUUCUGCUGGGGUCUCCUCGUCCUCGGACAGGGUCUUACCAAAACUACUUCUGGAUUGAUUGCCUGCCGAUUCCUCAUGGGCAUGUUCGAAGCUGGUUUCGUCCCCGGAUGUGCCUACCUGAUCGGCUGCUACUACAAGCGUAACGAGUUCUUGCGUCGAUAUGCCGUGUUCUUCAGUGCCAACAUGGCUGCCGGUGCUUUCAACGGUCUCUUCUCUACCUUGUUACAGAAGUUGAAUGGCAGAGGUGGUCUUCAGGCUUGGCAGUGGAUUUUCGUCAUGGAAGCCAUCAUUACCCUCUGUGUCAGCAUUAUCGGAUUCUUCAUUAUCGUGCCAUUCCCCGAAGACGCCAAGUUCUUGACCGAAGACGAGAAAGCUCUUCUCAUGCAACGCAUUGAGGAAGAUGGUGGAAGUGUUCGACAUGAUGAGAUUAAUUUGCAGCGAGUGCUUUCCAUGGCUGCCGAUUGGAAGAUCUGGAUUUGUGUUCUUGGAUAUAUGGCCGCCGAAGAAACUGCUAGCUCUUUGGUUGCUUUCCAGCCAACCAUCUUGAAGGAUCUGGGCUGGACCAACACCUCUGCACAAUGGCACACCAUUCCUGUCUAUGCGACAGCAUUUGUUCUUACCUUGAGCAGUGCAUGGCUGAGCGAUUACCUCAACCACCGUUUCCUGUUCACCGUAUUCGGCUCGAUUCUCAUCAUCAUCGGCUGGGCAAUUGAGCUGGCCCACAAGAGCACCGCCGGCGUUCUCUACUUGGGCAUGUUCUUCGUCUCAUGCGGUGCCUUCAUUAACAUGUCGACCAUUGUGGUUUGGCUUUGUACCAAUGUUGGCAAGGGUGUCAAGCGAACCGUCGCCAUGGGCAUUCUUACCGGAUUCGGUAACUGUGGUGCUUUCGUAUCCGGCAACGUCUUUAUCACCAACCAGAGCCCCAAGUACCCAGUCGGCUUUGGCGUUGGAUUGGCCUUUGGCGUUGUCGGCCUUGUUGCAACGAGUGUCUAUGCAGCAUUUUUGACAAAGGAAAAUCGCCGCCGCGAUCAGGUGCAAGGCUCCAAUGAGAGGGUCUAUGACAGAGAAGAGGUGGAGCAGUUGCAGGAUCUCGGAGAGGCUCAUCCUGAUUUCCGCUUCCAGCUGUAA